AUGGCACAGCCCGUGCCUCAUCAGCCCACCGAUAAGAAGCGCGUCAAGGUCUACGAGCUCCGUAACAAUGACUGGUUCGACCGAGGCACCGGCUUCUGCAGCGCGAGCUUCGAGACUCUCGAAGAUGGUCGCAAGGAUCCGCGCGUCAUCGUCGAAUCCGAAGACCAACCCGACCGCCUCCUAUUAGAGACCAAGAUUCAGAAAGAAGAUGGCUUUCAGAAGCAGCAAGGCACACGUCAUAUGUCUGACUUGACUCGCAGAUACCCUCAUCGUAUGGCAGGAGCCGAGCAAUGGCGUGGAUAUGGCUCUCAGUUUUCAAGAAGCCGAAGGAUGCUCCAUGAUCUGGUUUACGAUGGCCUCUCCGACGAUCUCGCUAUCGAUGUCCCGCCCACGAUCAACCUGCCUACUGCCGAACUCGGAAAUCUCGGCGAGAUUGAGUCAACCAUGCGGAUGAUGAGCACGACAGCUAACGGUCGUGAUGCGCUUGCAAAGGCCAUCAUGGCCGAGGAUUACAUUGGCAAACUCAUCCCCAUGGUUGAGAUGGCCGAAGAUCUUGAGAGCCUCCAGGACUUGCACCGACUCUGCAAUAUCAUGAAGACAGUCAUCCUCCUCAACGACACUUCGAUUAUCGAGCAUGCUGUAUCAGACGAAUGCGUGUUGGGAGUCGUCGGCGCCCUCGAGUAUGAUCCAGACUUCCCCAGUCACAAAGCUAAUCAUCGUCACUGGCUCGGAAAUCAAGGUCGUUACAAGGAAGUGGUGCGGAUCGAGGAUGAGCAGACCCGUCGGAAGAUCCAUCAGACAUAUCGGCUACAGUACCUCAAGGAUGUCGUCCUUGCGCGCAUACUCGACGACCCUACCUUUUCGGUCCUCAAUUCCCUCAUCUUUUUCAACCAGGUCGACAUUGUCCAACAUCUCCAAGCGAAUGCAGCGUUCCUCAAUGAACUGUUUGGCAUCUUCAGUACUGCAAACAACGAUCAGAAGAGGAAGAAGGAGGCGGUCCUGUUUAUUCAGCAGUGUUGUGCUAUAGCAAAGAACAUCCAGCCACCGGCCCGCCAGACCUUGUACAACAACUUUAUCGCCCACGGCCUUUUGCAGGUCAUCCACUUUGGACUGCGGCACCACGAUGUUGGAGUGAGGGUCGGCGCUACAGAUAUUCUCAUCUCCAUAAUCGACCAUGACCCCCAGAUGAUACGCCAGACGCUCUACCGACAGAUGCACGAGAAUCAGCCACCCCUGACGGACUCUUUGAUUGAUCUUUUAUUGGUGGAAGUUGACCUUGGUGUCAAGUCACAAAUAUCAGAAGCUCUCAAAGUGCUGCUGGACCCCGGACCUGCGCAAAUGCCAAACGCCGAGAGCUUUGCAAAGGCGAAUGGCGACUUUGGUGGGAGACCGCGCCCCCAAGGGAGCCUGGAUCCUCAGCAAGACAUCUUCCUGCACCGAUUUUAUGAACGAUCUGCGCCAAGGCUGUUUAAGCCAUUGCUCGACCUGGAGAAGCGGACAGACAUGAGCUUCCCCGUACAACAAGCGUCCAUGUUUACGUAUCUGAUAGAGAUUCUGUGUUUCUUUAUCCGACAGCACAAUCUACGUUGCAAGUUUUUUGUCAUGUCGAACAAUAUUGCUCAGCGAGUUGCUCAACUUCUCAAGUGCCCCGAGAAGUAUUUGCGACUGGUUUCUAUCCGAUUCUUCCGCUCUUUGAUUGGACUCCAGGACGAAUUCUACAUCAAGCAGCUGACGGAAAAGCAAGUGCUGGGACCAAUUCUCGAUGUGCUUAUCGAAACAAUGCCCAGGGACAACCUCCUGGGUUCCGCGUCGCUGGAGUUCUUCGAGUUCAUUAAGAAGGAGAACGUUAAAGAUUUGAUCAAGCACCUUGUAGUGAACUACCGGGAGCGACUGCUAGGUUUGAGCUCCAUGCCCACGUUCCGAGACAUCAUUCUUCGAUAUGAUCAAACUCAGGGAUAUACAUCAAACAUGGAUUACUUCCUAGAGGGUGAGGAUGAGAUAGGCAGGAGACCACAGCCGACGAGAUUGAUGGAACAAAUCAAUGUCGAGCAGGAGCAAGAGGAGUACUGGGCAACAUCGGACCCCGAGGAAGAGGAGGAUUCACAGAACAAGGACCCGGAGAAGGCGCCUUCGACUAACGGGUCUACCGCAUCGAAACCUCUCGUGGAUUACGCAUCUGAUGAAGAGACGGACGAAAAUGUUGAUCCUCAAGCAUCAGAGAGCCAAAGCGAUGUGGCAUCGGACGCCGUGGGGUCACCAAUCGACUCGAGCCUCGGAGUUAUACCACCGCUGGAGCGACUUUCAGAAAAGCGACGACGCGAAGAGGACGAGGACGAAGAUGAGCUCGGGAAGCUUCUGCACAACAAGCGACGCAACAGCAGUGGUUCUGUUGGUAGUGGCUCGGGAGCAUCUCACGGCGUCCUCCGCAGACGCAAGAGCUUCAACGCCGGACCUACUAGUGGUAAUGGCCCGAAGAAGAUCGCCAUCAGCUUGUCCUCGGCUCUACGGACAGGCAGCGGCUCGGGAUCUAACGAGGACUCGUGAAAAAUUCAUUGUGCCCUUCUUUCGGCGAUGGCGUACGGGUAUUUGGUCUGUUUUGGUUUACCAGGGAACGGGGGGGACGUGGGCUCGGAGGACUCGUUCCCUCACAAAUUACAUUUGGCAAGGAUGGCUGGUUAAGGGAUGGUCUAUGCGGAGGAGACUGGCGUUGUGUUUGAAUUCUCCUUGUGGCUCCUCGUCACUAUACUCUCGGUUUCGUAUGAUUUGCUCUCGUCUCCCAGCGGCUCCUUGCCGAGAUGUGCUGGGAGACUGGCAAUUCUUGGUCUGGUCUAAUGGGGCUCUCCGUCUGGGCCGAGACUCGGCCUUCUUCUAGGUGAUAGAGUCGUCGAGAAGCGGCGGCAUGGCAUGGCAUGGCAUGGCGUGGGAGGGAAACGAAAUGGGAUCUUUCGGUUGAUGAGAUUGGCAGGAUCGCGAAAGGAAGGGGAAGGGGGCUCUAGAUGAGCGGCGGUCUGCCAGUUGACGAGCGGCCGAUGUGAGGAAAGGUGGCUGGCUGUGUAUCAUAACAUAUAUGACUAUGGAUGGUCUCUCUGAAAAACGAGAGGGUGAGCCGAAGUCUGAAGGAAAGGACGAGGUCUCUGGUGAUGAUGGAAUGAAAACAAAGACCCGUAGAUGAAAUCAAACUUUUAUCUAUGACCU